AUGAGCAAUGCCACAAGCCCGGUUGGGGCGUUUCCUCCCCCGCCGGGCGUCAUUCCCAAUUUCGAGAAUCCUCGAGAUGCUGGGUGGUUGCUGAACGUCGUCGCAAUGAGUAUUAUGAUGGGAGUCACGACAAUUUUCUUUGCUAUCAGAGCAUAUGUGAAAUUGUUCCAGACAGGCUCACUUCUACCAGAAGACUGGACUUGUGCUAUGUCAUACAUUCUCAUUAUACUCUACGUUGCGAUUGUAUUUGUGAUGGCGCAUCACGGCGAGGGGUACCAUGCCUGGGAGAUCACGAAAGAGGCAUAUCAGGAGGUGAUGCGGUGGCUAUAUGCGAGUUCCAUCAUUUAUAUACCGGCAGCAUAUUUCACGAAGGUCACGCUUUUGCUCUUCGAGGCUCGAGUCUUCGCGAUCCACGAGCGAACCUCCCGCGGGAUUCGGAUCUUCAUCAUCGGCUUGUUCAUAAGCUACGUCCCCAUACAGACAUUGAAAACGGUCAUUUGCUGGCCCAUAUCUGCAUUCUGGGAUCCUCGCGUACCGAAACCGAAGUGCCUCAAUCAGCGGAAACUCUUCAUCGCCGACUUGAGCCUCGCGAUCCUCACCGAUGUCAUAAUUGUUGUACUUCCGAUACCGCUUCUUUGGGGUCUGCGCUUGCCUUUGCGGAAGAAGGUUAAGAUCCUGACGCUUCUCGGUGCAGGCGGCAUUGCCACAGCCGUUACUAUCUAUCGCAUGUACCUCGUUGUCCAAUUCCUCGGGUCCAAAGAUGUGACUGCCGAUUUUGUCGUCUUGGACAUCAUAACAGCACUGGAACUUGUGAUUGGUUUGAUUUGCGCAUGUUUGCCAUCGAUAAACAUCCUUUAUGAACGCAUACGAAAAAGCGGACCGAAACCUACGGGUAAUAGGCCCAGGACUGUACGUGAGGCCAAGCACAAGAAGCAAAAUCCACAGAGUAUAUCUUAUCUAUGGAGUCUGGUGACCGGGAAGCAAACAAGAUCUGCUCUUACCGAGGCUCCUAUAACGGUGGGCGCCAACAGCCCACAACUCGAAACGAAUUUUGACACCGAGCCGGCAGCUCUCAGUGGCCCAAAAAUGAAAGCAAUCAACCCGGAGGAAGACUUGGAAACAGAGACGGUGCAAUGUGUCGGAAAUUGUGUCUUUAACUCCAGAGCAAACUCGAUUGACGGUCGAAGAGAGGGAUGGCUAGUGGCAGAGGCUGAAAGCUCCACAAAAGGAUCUGAAAGAGAGAGGAUACCACGGUGGCAACACCACGAAAUUGAGGCGAGAAAUUCCUGGGAAGCUGUGUGGGAACGAGCAGUACCCGUGUGUGAUUUACCGACAAUACCAGAAGACAGCGGCGCUCCUCGGCUUGAGCUCACGAUGCAUCCACAGCCAGACUGGGGAAGUCUGGCCCCCGUUAAUGCAAAUCACGUUAUAGUCUGA